CCUGGCUGGCCUGGCGCUCAGCGACUGCCGCUGCAGCUCCUCUUUCCACACCGCCCGCGCAUUCCGUCGAACGCCUCGUCCUCCAGCCUCAAUCUCCAUCCUCAUCUUCCAUCCCAAUCCCCACCCCGUAAACCCUAGCCAUUCUCCCCGCCACUAUCACCCCUCCACCAUCCCUCGCGGGAGAUGCGGAAGAGGUAGCCUCCGCCGAUGGCCUGUUGCUUCCUCCGCGCCGCCGCGGCGCCCCGCCUCCACCUCUACCGCACCGCUGCUUCCCAGCAGCUCCCGUCGCCACUAACCGUUCUCAGGAAGGGCGUUUCAGGGCAGUCAGUUCUGCCACUCACAGACUCGAUUGAGAGUUUUCAAGGACCAUCAGUGCAGAAUACUCCACGGAUUCCACUGUAUGAUGACAGCAUACCCUCAGGCAUAUUGGACACAUUGUCGAAUCCGACCGAUGGUGUCACUCGUGCUGAUCCUUCAAAGGGCAGAAUAAUGCUUGUUGAUGGAACGUCAGUGAUGUACAGAUCCUACUACAAGAUAUUGGCACAACUGCAGCAUGGCCAGUUGGAGCACGCUGAUGGAAAUGGAGAUUGGGUUUUGACUAUAUUCAAAGCUCUAUCCCUGCUUCUUGACAUGCUGGAGUUCAUUCCAUCUCAUGCUGCGGUCGUGUUUGACCAUGAUGGAGUUCCAUAUGGUCAUUAUACUGCCAUGCCAUCCAAAGAAUGUCACAUGGCAAAAGGAAUGACCUUUCGUCAUAUGCUGUACCCUGCUUACAAGAGCAACCGCACCCCAACGCCAGACACAGUUGUCCAGGGUAUGCAGUACUUGAAGGCAUCCAUUAAGGCAAUGUCAAUCAAAGUAAUUGAGGUCCCAGGUGUUGAAGCUGAUGAUGUUAUUGGCACCCUGGCUGUAAACAGUGUGUCGGCUGGUUACAAGGUGCGGAUUGUCUCUCCUGAUAAAGACUUCUUCCAAAUUUUGUCACCUUCUUUGCGUUUGCUCAGGAUUGCUCCACGCGGUUCUGGAAUGGUUUCAUUUGGGGUUGAAGACUUCGUCAAGAGAUAUGGAGCUCUGAAACCCUCGCAGUUUGUUGAUGUUGUUGCGCUUUCAGGAGAUAAGGCUGACAAUAUACCUGGAGUUGACGGAAUUGGAGAUGUUAAUGCAGUAAAGCUGAUAACUAAGUUUGGUUCCUUGGAGAAUCUACUGAAAUCUGUGGAUGAAGUUGAGGAUGAGCGAAUUAAACAGCACCAUGUCUCAAGGAUGGAGUGGUGGACGUGAGAAGGCAAUGGGAUAGGAUUAUCCUAGUUAGGUUUGUCGUUGGUGAUAUGGUCCUGAACAUAAUUAGUGCGUAUGCCCCCUAAGUAGGCCACGAUGAGAGUGCUAAAAGGCUUUUCUGGGAAGAUUUAGAUAGCCUGGUUAGAACUAUACCUUCUAGCGAGAAGCUUUUCAUAGGAGGAGAUCUUAAUGGGUAUGUAGGUACAACAAGUGUAGGCUUCGAGGCGGUUCAUGGAGGUUUUGGGUAUGUUAGUAGGAAUCAGGUGGGAGAGGAAGUCUUGGACUUUGCAGUAGCUUUUAACUUGAUGAUAGCGAACACUUUCUUUAGGAAGAGACGGUCCCAUUUAGUGACUUUUAGUAGUAGCCAACACUAUAGCCAGAUUGACUUUAUCCUCACAAGAAGAGAGGAUAAACGGGCAUGCUUCGAUUGCAAGGUGAUACCAAGGGAAUGUGUUGUUUCUCAACAUAAGCUUGUGGUGGCGGACUUUCGUUUUUAGAUGCGCGCAUGCAGGGAUAAACAAGCCAAGAUUGCAAGAACAAAGUGGUGGAAACUGAAAGAGGAGACGUCAGAGGUCUUCAAGGAAAGGGUAAUCAAAGAGAGUCCUUAGAAGGAAGGAGAGAAUGCAGACAACAUGUGGGAGAAGAUGGCAAACUGCAUUCAGAAGGUGGCCUCGGAGGUGCUUGGAGUGAACAAGGAGGGUAGAGGCGUAGAUAAAGAUACUUGCUGGUGUAACGAGGAAGUCCAAAUGACUAUUAAGGAGAAGAAAGAGUGCUAUAGGUGCUUGUUCCAUGAUAGGAGUGUGGACAACAUAGAGAACUACAAGGAGGCAAGAAGAUCGCAAAGCGAGCUGUAAGUGUGGCAAAGGGUAGGACGUAUGAGGAUCUUUACCAACGAUUAGUGUCGGUGCGGAAUCUGGCUGACAGGUAAAUAUACGUAGUUUGCCGCGCGUUAAAUCGGAUAUGGCCUAGCACACAAAGCACACAAUGACUCAGGAUUUAUACUCGUUCGGGCAACAGGCCAUACGUCCAGUCAGGGUCAUCGGUCGAUUGUAUUCCUGAGCACAGGUGCUUGAAGUUUGCAGUGGGGGUACAAACGAGUGAGGAGUGGAGAACGGGGUGUUCGAGGUUCGUUGUGCUCUGGUCCGAGUGGAGGAGAGUGACGGGGGCUCGAACGUGCGCUAACUGUUGGAGAGGGUGUUCGAGUGCGUAUGAGCGUCGGAGUGUCUCGAGAGAGCCAGAGAGUCCCUGAUCGAUUGAGAGAGAGAGCGUCCCUCUUUAUAGUUUAAGGGGACGGCCUUACAAGUCAGAGAGGGAGAGAAAAGGUGCACGGGCGCUGCCUAAUCUUGUCAAUGCCCAUGCCGUCGGGUACGGGAUAGCCAUCACCCUCCAUCCCUGUUCAUCUCAUCCGGUCGCUCUGUCGUGACUGGCAGGUAGCAUAGUGUUCGCCUUACUUGGCAGGGCGGCACUGUGCAUUGCGUGCGCAGGGCGUGGUGAGGUACAGUCCUUUGUACGACGGUUGACCUGAGCGUCUUUCCUUAUCCGCUCCACCUGCUCCCGGGCCCAUACCGAGCGGGUGUCCCCGCUCAGUCGUCCCGGUCGGUCCCGACCGUGUCAGUCGGGAGGGAGCGAUGUGCGUCGGUCCGAUUAGAGGCACAUCCCCGGUCGAGGGAACUUGGUCGGAAUCGGACUGUGGUCCCGACCCUGACUAGACCUCCUAGUCGAGGCGCCGACCAGGCCUUCUGGUCAAGAGCGGCCUGGUCCUUUACAUGAUAAUUUAACUUCAAGAUGGACUUAAAUCGUUAUUCUGGUUAUUUCUUGUGGCCUUGCUGAGUACCAACCUUAAGUGUACUUACCCUUGCUUACUACUGCUCGG